AGCAGCGUAUAAAAGGCGUGCAAGCAGCGGUGAGGCAAAUAUCUGCUGAGCACAGGUGAACGAACACACACGGAAGGACAAAAUGAUGUUCUCUAACAGACUUCUCUUAUGGACAGGUGCUCUGCUCAUAUUGAGCGUCAGUCUAUGGAGCUGCACUACAGCUCAGAACGAUGGUGCAGCGGAUUGUUGUUUAACCACCAGUGACCGGCGAAUCCCGAAGAAGGUGGUGACGUCCUUCAUCGUUCAGACCGGCGAUGGAGCCUGCAGAAUUCCUGCCACUAUAUUUGUCACAAAGAAGGGCUUGAAGCUCUGUGCACCGUUUCCGAGUGAGAGUAACUGGGUGAGCAAACUGAUCGACUAUAUACUAGCAGGACCUGUAUCCAAACCUAGAGGAAAGAAGCAUAGACAACAGUAAAUGCCACCAUGGCAGAUCGUGCAGGUCCUGCCUGCUCUCACUUUACACGCGUGAACGGGACUGGUCCUGGAACAGAUACAACCUGAUAUUACUUACCCUUAAUAGUAAACGCUCAUUCUCAGGUUUGCUACGUGAGCACUCUAGUGGAGCAGGUCAAGUGUGAAUCGUACCGUCGUAACAAUAAGCUUUACAAGAUAUGAACCGUUUUUGAAAUGUGAACCCUUCCCCAACUGCACUACAUGAAGAGAUUUUAAGCUAACUAGUUUCUCGUUUCCAUCACUUGUUGCUGAGUUUGUAUUCUGUCUGCUUUUGCAAAAUGAACGUGUCUCCUGAGCCACUGAAAAAAAAGUUAGUUUUCUAUUUUUUUACUUUGUAUUUUAGAAUAUAAAUAAAAGCUUUUACGUUUGAAAUAUGA